AUUUUAAUAACCUAUUUUCCCUUAUUUAAACCAGCCUUCUGUUUAACCGAAUGCUUUUAUUUACAUUGGUUUUCUUCAAGGUCGGAUGAAAACUCUUCCUCAGAAAAGGAUGAUGACCAUGAACGCGAGGUUUACGAUUUCCGGGAGCCCUUUCUUUUUAGUGACAUGGUUCUUCUAGUAGAGAACGAGAAGCUGCACUGCCAUCGAGCCAUCCUCUCCCUCUACUCACCAGUUUUCAAAGCUAUGUUCCAAUCGCGAUUUGAGGUAACAUCUCUUAGUGCGUGCGUGCGUGUGUCUCUUCUUCUAAGUAGCCUAGUGCUAAAUUGUGAUUUAAAUAUUAUUAGAUCCAAUGAGUACUUUUUUUACAACCUUUACCUUCAAUCGUUCCCAAGUGUGGGUUUGCUAAUUCCUUGUGCUACUUAA